UAAAAAUAAAACCCUUCAAUGCUUAAACCCUAACGGCCUAAUCCCUCUGUUUAUUUUUUCUCCCCCACCCAGAGCUUGUACUCCGUUCUCCAAUGGCGGGCUUGGAGAACUUGAAGGAUAUGUACGACGUUGCAUUGAAGCCUCGAAUGCUUCGUACAUUGUUAAAAGAAGAAGUACCGGACGAGAAGAAACAACAAUUAGGUAACCCAUCCAAGCUAUCGAGAGUUGUAUCCACUAUACAAACUUUCAAGCUUUUAUCGGAAUCGUUCAACAAUUCCACGGAACCUAAGUUAAUUGAAAGGUGGAGAUCUGCUAUAGAUGAUUGGGUUAAUCGAUUACUUUUGUUAGUCUCCAACUCUACUAUGCCAGAUAAAUGUUGGGCUGGAAUCUGUUUGUUGGGUCUGACUUGUCAAGAAUGCAGCUCUGAUCGUUUCCUAGCAUCAUAUGCUGUUUGGUUUGAUAAACUUCUAUUACAUAUUCAGUCACCAACAGAUUCUCAAUUUGUAAAGGUGGCUUCUUGUACCUCAAUGUCAGAUAUGAUAACGAGGUUAGCUGAAUUUCCUAAUGCGAAGAAGGAUGGAUCUUCCCUUGCUGGAAAAGUCAUUCAACCUGUUCUGAAGCUGUUGCAAGAGGGUAGUUCGGAGAAUGUUUGGGAAGGGGCAAUCCAUUUGUUAUGCACUAUUAUAACUUGCUUUCCGGCUUCUGUUCAUCGUCACUAUGACAGUGUUGAAACAGCUAUUGCGUCAAAAAUUUUGUUAGGAAGAUGCAGUAUUAAUUUGCUAAAGAAGUUUGCUUGUUGUCUGGCAUUACUUCCUAAAUCAAGAGGAGAUGAGGAUAGCUGGCUUUCAAUGAUGCGGAAGAUUCUAUUAUUGGUAAAUGGUUACCUGACUGAAAUCUUCCAUGGUCUUGAAGAAGAAAGUAAAUGGGACGAAGCUUUAAGAUUACUGGUUCCACCAGGAGAGGCUACUCCAACAUCCUUAUGGGGUCAAAAUUUAUUAGAAGAAACAUCAGAUAAUGCAAGAAAGAGAUCUAAGCUAUCGAGUGUCUCUCUGUUGAUGCUUAGCUGUUGUACAAUGCUUACAACUUCAUAUCCUGUCCAGGUGACAGUCCCUAUUCGCUCGUUAUUGACUCUUAUUGAGAGAGUGCUGGUCGUUGAUGGUUCAUUAUCACGUGCCACAUCAUCCUAUGUUAUUGCAACAGAACAAGAGUUCAUUUGUUCCGAACUUCCAGUUCUGCAUUCAUACAGUUUGGAACUCCUUACUUCUGUUAUAAAGGGAAUGCGCAGUCAACUAUUGCCACAUGCUGCGUACGUUGUGCGACUUGUUAAAGAGUAUUUCAGGAGAUGUCAAUUAUCAGAGUUAAGGAUAAAAAUCUACUCCAUCACAAAGAUAUUGCUUAUAUCUAUGGGCAUCGGAAUAGCAAUAUAUCUUGCACAGGAAGUUGUCAACAAUUCACUUCUUGACUUAAAUCCCAGUGAUGAUGAUACAUCUUCCAAUGCAAACCCAAAGGCCUUGUCUGAAGCAUUUCUGCAGCCUUGCCAUAGAAAAAGGAAGCAUGGGGCAGCUGUAUCUCAUGAGCAGAAGUUUGAGCAGAUUAGUUUGGAAGUGGAAGCACCCAGGAGUCGCCCGCCAACUCUUAUAUCUGUGAAGAUAGCUGCACUUGAGGCAGUAGAAGCUCUUUUAACUGUGGGUGGUGCUUUGAGAUCAGAGUCCUGGCGGUCAAAAGUUGAUCAUAUUUUAAUAACAAUGGCAGAAGAUUCCUGUAAAAGCGGAUGGACUACUGAGGAUAGAAACACUUUCUUGCCUAGUGGACCCACCUCAAUGCGUGCAGAAUUACAGCUUGCUAUUUUCCGGGCACUUUUGGUGUCUCUUCUUUCACCAUCUCUUGUGCGGCCUCCACAUUUAGCCCAGAGUCUUGAGCUCUUCCGAAGAGGCAGACAAGAAACUGGAACGAAACUUUCCGAAUUUUGCUCCUAUGCACUCUUAGCCUUGGAGGUGCUUAUACAUCCCCGGGCCCUCCCACUAGUAAAGAUCCCUCCUGCAAACUCUUCCCUUGAAGUUAACCAUGGAUUUCCCGAGACUCUGUACACAGGUAGCCAGAAGCACAACACCCCAUUUUCAAGUGGAAUACGGGAAAUGGGAUUUGUAUCUCCUGAUUCAGAUGAUGAGCUGUAUGAAAGCUGGCUAGGUGGUAGCAAUGAAACUGACACUCCAAUGGAUGGCAAAGCUAAAAAUACAAACAGUGAAAAGCAUUCUGAAAACUUGGGAGUUCAAUGGAGAGAAAAUAUCUCUGCUGUUGCUACUGCAGAUGUAGAGAUGCAAAGCGAUGGUGAUGAAAUAAUAGUCAAAUCACAGCAAGUUCAAGAAUCCACGAUGCAGCUUCAAGAACUUGUAUCUUCUAGGGGUGCUGCAGUUCCUGUCGUCACUAACGAUUGUACAGGCACUGAAGUUGAGUUAACAAGGGUUGGUUCAAAAACUGGUGCAUUAGUUUCAACAGAUGAAGAAAUGGCACCAUCUGAGGCUGACAUAACUGAUAAAUGUAAUGAAAGUGCCCCCAUAAUGGGAACAACUUACAAAUUAUCGAGUGCUCCGAAAAGCAUAGCAGUCUUUGCUUAUGAAUCAGAUCGGGACUCCUCAGCAGAGUCUGUACCGGAUAUUGUGGACGCUGAUCCAGAUUCUGAUUGUCAAGAGAUAUGAUGUAUUUUAAGUUAAAAAGAGGAUGACAGACAUGUAUUUUGUAGCAAUCCAAAGGAAAUUUGUGCCAUGCAAGGGUUUUUUUUGCCAAUGUUAAUUUAUUAGUUUUUAAGCAGUCAAUGUGGUAUUCUCUUUUCA